AUGUUCGGCGCCCUCAACCGCUUCAUCUCCCGCCUCGACUCCUCGGAAUACACGGCGCCAACGCCCUACACCCCCAGCAAAUUCCCCCUCAACGCCAGCAACAGCAACACCGCACUCAACCCCAACGCCCACGGCUUCCAAGUCCUCUCCAACACCCAGGCCAAUCUCCCGCUGGAGCCCUACUUCGACUUCAUCAUCGGCAUCAACAACCACCCCAUCGACUCCGCGGACCCGCACCUGUUCUCCACCGAGCUGCGCAACUGCGCCGGCUCGACCAUAAGUCUGGGCGUGUAUUGCGUCAAAGGGCACGCAAUUCGGGAGAUUUACGUGCCUAUUCCCGCCGAUGGGGCGGCGCUGGGUGUGCAGUUGCAGUGGAUGCCGUUGAACGCUGCGGCGGAGAAUGUGUGGCAUAUUCUUGACGUGAUGCCGAAUUCGCCUGCUGAUGUUGCUGGCUUACUGCCGUAUGGGGAUUACGUGGUUGGCAGUCCGGAUCGGGAUGCUCUGUAUGGCGAAGCGGCGCUUGGCGAACUUGUAGAGGAAUUCCAGGAUCGCCCGUUACGCCUCUACGUCUACAACCACGAGUACGAUGUGCUGCGCACGCUGACCAUCACGCCUUCGCGGACAUGGGGCGGCGAUGGCGCACUAGGCUGCGUGUUGGGGUACGGAGCCCUACAUCGCGUUCCAGCGCCGCUGAACGAGCCCUCCCAAGCACCAGGCGAAACAUUAUUCGAAAGCACAGAGGACUUCAAAGUGCCCGCCGCAACUGGCCUCACCACAACCGAAGCAGAGCAACCUACCUUCUUCCUACCAGCGAACAUGGACCACCCAUCUCCUCCACCUGCUGCUCUUGCAACCAAUACCUCCACUUCGGCGACAGGGACUUCCCAACCUCCACCCCCGUCUUCAAGUAAAGGCAGAAAGCAGCGCGCGCACCACAACACGGCCGCGCAGCCGGCGGGACUGGACGACUACUUUGCGGAAGGCGAGCAGAAGUCGCGAGAGCUGGACGGGGGUUCGACUCCUAAGCCUGCUGCUGGGGCUGGGAAUCUGCCGCCGCCUCCGCCUAAGGGUGGGCCGCCGAGGGCUACUACCCCUGCUGCGACGGCGGAGGAGGAGGAGGAGAAGGAGGAGGCGUGA